AUGGCAACCAACCCAGCGGAAGGCCGCAGAGAAGAUGCUAUUGCUAAAGAGCGCGACAAACUCAGGCAGGAAUUUGAGCGGCAGAAACAGAACCUCAUCAACGAAACUGAGAAAGCUCGUCCGUCGUCUAACCGCUUCGUUGGACAAAAUGACUCCAUGGAAGAUCACUUGAAGAAUCAGACUGUCGGACUCGUUCGGUUGGAAGAGUUCCAGCAGAAGCGAAGAGAGCUGGAGGAGGCCAAAGCACGCGAGGCUGCUCGCACCAAUGACCUUAAAGAUGAGACAAAGAAGGCAAGGAAAAGGAAGAAGGCAGCCAAAUCCACACUGUCGUUUGCUAUGGACGAUGAAGGGCAGGACGAUGCCGAAGAUACAAAUAGCAGCAAGGGCCAGGACGACUCAGCCCCUCCAUCAAAGAAGGGGAAGUUCCGCAAGAACCCCAAUGUCGAUACGUCUUUCCUCCCAGACCGAGACCGCGAGGAGGCAGAAAGGAGGGAAAGAGAACGACUGAGGCAAGAAUGGUUGAGAAUCCAAGAGGAAACCAAGCAGGAGGAGAUUGAAGUGGUCUACUCGUUUUGGGAUGGAAGUGGACACCGAAAGAGUGUGACGUGCAAGAAGGGGGACACUAUAUCAUUCUUCCUUGAGAAGUGCCGUCAGCAAUUCCCUGAGCUGAGAGGCGUGAGCGUUGAUAACUUGAUGUAUGUUAAGGAGGAUCUGAUCAUCCCACAUCAUUACACUUUCUACGACUUCAUCGUGAACAAAGCACGCGGUAAAUCUGGACCCCUGUUCAACUUCGACGUUCACGAUGAUGUGCGACUGCUCGCCGAUGCUACAAAGGAGAAGGAUGAAUCUCACGCCGGCAAGGUUGUAGAGAGAAGCUAUUAUCAACGCAACAAGCACAUCUUUCCUGCGUCGCGUUGGGAGGUUUUCGACCCGCAGAAGAACUAUGGCAAAUAUACUAUUGCAUAG